AUGGCAGAAGUAGCAAAGAAGUAUGCAGUUGUUACAGGUUCAAAUCAAGGGAUUGGAUUUGGAACAGUUAGAAAGUUGGCUUCAAAUGGGAUCAUGGUGGUGUUAACUGCUUUAGAUGAGAAAAUGGGUGUUGAAGCUAUUGAAAAAUUGGAAGAGUGUGGCCUCUCUGACCUGGUGGUUUUUCAUCAACUUGAUGUAACUGACACUGCUAGCAUUGCUUCCCUUGCAGAUUUUGUCAAAACCCAAUUUGGGAAACUAGAUAUCUUGGUAAAUAAUGCAGGGGUUAGUGGAACCAUUGUAGACCCUGAAUCUAUGAGAGCUGCUGCAGCUGCAGGUAUUGAUAAGGAUGGUGUAGGAGUAAAUUGGAGUGAAAUAAUGACUCAAACAUAUGAGUUAGCUGAAGUAUGUGUGAAAACAAACUACUAUGGUGCCAAGAAAAUGACCAAAGCACUCCUUCCUCUCCUCCAGCUAUCUGAUUCACCAAGAGUUGUCAGUCUUUCUUCUAGCAUGGGAUCGUUAAAGGGGAAACAAAGUGAUUUUAUUAGAUUUGAGGAGAAUAGUACAUAG